AUUUCGGAAUGUUUCAAGAUGGCGUCAAAGUGACUUGGAAGUGAUAAAGCUUAAGUUUGUUAGGUUCAUUUUCUUCUCAGUCGCAGAAGGAAUAAAAUUAGGUAAUUUUCUUAAAAUUAAAGGUAUUUCAUCUUUUUAGGGGCUUCACUUAGGUACAUGGAAUGGAGAGCUAUUCGGUAGUUACUUGAGCCUAAGUAAAUAAUCUUCAAUUCAGGCGUCUAGGUCUAUUUGAAUUGAAUGAAUUAUCGACGAAUAAUCGAAUCGAUUAGUUCGUAAUAGGCCGAUUAGGCGUAGGCCUAAAAUCAAAUUUUGGUGGAGUAAAUUAUAGAAAAAUUAGACCUACUAGUUAAGCAUAAGCUUAUUAGUAUUAUUUAAAUAACACAACUUAGUUAUGCCUAAGGACCUAACUCCUCUUUGAUUACCCAGGUCUGAACACUGAAACUGAAUUAUUCAAUGUGUGGCUACCCCAGCUUUUUUUUUUUCGAAAGUGCUGCUUACACCGCAGCGGUGUACCUUGCAAAACCAUGGCCCUAGGCCUGCGUACACAGUGGCGGUGAACCUAGCAAAACCAUGGACCUUGGCCCGCGUACAGCGGUCCAAAAAUUAACCAUCAUUGGCUUGGGCUUGGUCUUCAUAUAUCAUAUGGUCUUAGUCUUGUCAGUCUUGUGGUAGUAGACUUAACAGUGUAAACGCUUCAACGACCCUUGGUGAUAUCAUAUUUUGUGAUUAAUUCCCAGAUGCUGAUCGAGCCUUACUAACUAGGCCUAUUUUUUCUCCUCUUUCUUAAAAAUAUAUAUUUUAUAAUUAUAUUAUUAUAAUAAUAAUAUGUUCAUUUGUAUCAGUAUUACUUUUUUUUUUUACAGAAAUUAUAAGUUUUAACUUUAAAUAUUUUAAUUAUUAUACUUUAUGUACCAAUUAUUUAUUAAGUGCUUAAACUUGAACAAGAUGUGCCGGCCUUAAAACACAUACAAGACAUCAAAUUACGUUAAGUCAGAUAAGCCAUGUCUGCGGUUCCCAAAGGUGUUUUACAAUGAAACCAAUGAUUAGCACAAACUCUUGGGACCAAAGCAAAAGUGGUGGUAGUUGCAGUGAUGUUCUUUUCCAAGAUUCAGCCAGUAUGAUGAUCAUGUUCCAUAAUUUGAAAGAUGAAGACAUAUGUACAGUAAAAAUAAGAACAAAUGAGAAGACAAACAGAAAGUGCAUGUAUGAUGUGUUUUACAUGUAAAAUAACCACAGAACAACUUUGAAUACUAAGCGAAAUUUUAUGGUAUUUAAACAUAAACAUUCUUCAUGCCGUUAAUUUACAUUUUACUUUUACAUGUAAAGGUAGUCAUGUUUUAGCCUACAGCUUUUCAUGAAUCUGCUACGAACUUCCAAACAAAAUACCGGUAUUUGAAUAUUAUGUGCAUGGUUGUCAUUUCAACUAUCUUGCUUUCUCUAUUUUUAUGUGUUCAUUCACGACCCUCAGUCUUGUAGCAAAUCUUUUGAAAAUGUCAUGAUUUUAUAAACACACAGCGCAAUAGCAGAUUAUAUAGCAAAGCAAUAAGUCUGUGUUAACCCUGUUCAUGACGUAAAUUUGUUUCCAGGGUGCAUUGCCUGUGCUAUUUGUAGUCGUAGGGUAAAACACAAUGUUGUCUCACAGAAACUGUUGCACAAUGUCUGUGCUAUUUCAAGGGGGUUUUGUUAAAAAAUCAAUCCAUACUGGGUGUGAGUUAAGGGUAAAGCUGUCGUCUGGGCCCUGAAACACCUGGGGCUGAUAUUUAAGGGGACUAGAGUUGUGAUGUGGAACAAAUUUAAAAUAUCAACUACAGGGGGCACAAAACCAAAAAUUGACAGGGGGCCUACCAAGUCACGUGAUAGCUUUGGAUAGACAUUGUCCAUAAAAGAUGUCUGCAUCACAAACAAAACGUUUUGUCUUCAAUUUUUGUUUCUUCAUUUUUUACUGACUCACUCACACUGAGACUGACCAUCUUCUCCUGUCUGAAUCUAAAAAUACUUAUAACAUUGUGAUCCCAACUUAACUCACGCACUGCCAUCUAGACACUUUCCGUAAAUUAAAUUGAUGUCAUACUCAUCUUCUUAUUAAUCAUUCAUACUGACUUCUUCUGUUUCAAUCUGUUUGUUAUUUUUAAUGUUUAUUUUUCAUGUUUAUUUUUCAUGGAUUUUAACAGAUAAAAAGAUUUUAAGAUAUCUUCAAUUAUGGACUACUCAGCAGCUAAUGUAGAACAGGUACUGAAAGUAAAAGUAAAUUAAUUAGACCCAAUUCACUAAGUUUUUCAGUAAGUAUUUUGUAAGGUAGUCCUGUGACAAUUAGACCUAACAGAUAUAUCUGUAUUUUUAUCUACAGAAUGCUGCUAUAAGCUCUACAUUCUAUAAAAAUCACUUUCUAAUAAAUAAAAAAAUAUCUUAAAAUUUUCCAAAAUACAGGCUAUUACAUAAACAUAAAUACUAAUAAAAAUUAUCAUAAGUUACAAAAAAAAUUAUUGAUUCUGUUUGUUUUUGUUGCAGGCAGUCAAGCAGUUUUAUCUUAAUCCAAGUCUUCAAAGUGAAGUCCACUUUUGGCUUACAGGUGCACAGAUAUCCCCUGCAGCUUGGUCCUUUUGUUGGGAAUUAAUGGCACCUAAUAAGGUUUGUUCACAAACUAAAUAAUCCUCUUCGUAAUGGCUCUCAUAUAGUUUUCAUUUAUUAUACAUUAUUAUUAAAAUAUUGCCAUUAGGCAAUAGAUGAUAAUUUUUCUAUUUCAAUUGGUCAUGGGUUUAUUAAUAAACAGUAUGCAUCAAUUGGUAUUUGUUAAAAUUAUUUAUUAUCUUUUGCUUCCUGUCUUUUUCAGGGGAUUGAAGUGCAGUAUUAUGGUGCAAGUUGUUUACAUGUUAAAAUUGUCAGAUUCUGGUAAACACUUAAUUCGAUAACUCUGAGCUCCUUUUUAAAAGAUGAAGAUUAUUAGGUCCUUUGGUGAUAUUUAUAAUGACAUGAUGAACAAUCCCUAUUAUUUUAAUAAAUUAAUAUAGUUCUUAUAUUCUGAUAAGUGAAUAGCAUCAAAAUAUAAAGACACAUGUGCUUAUUUUCUAUAAUUGUUUCUCAUAGGCAUGAAAUUCCAUCAGAACAGUAUGAAUCUUUCAAGUCAAAAUUGCUUGAAACAGUUGUACAAUUCGCAUUAGGUCCUAAAAUUAUACUUACUAGACUAUGUGUUGGGGUAAGUUUAAACAACUAAUGAUAUGUGAAAUAAGUGUAAAAAUUUAUUUUUUAAAAUAACCUAUGGGUCUUCUUGUUUAAAAAUUUGCUUAAUAAUGCUUUGUUGCUGCUUUAUUAAUAAAAAAAUUUAUUGUAAAUCCUGUUAUUAAUAUCAACGUAUGUUAUGAUGCGUAGAAUAACAGAUAAUUAUUUGCACAUAUUCCAGCUUUCUGCAUUAGUACUUCAACUUCUUCCAGAAAAAUGGCCAGAUGCAAUCCAAAAUCUUAUAACUACAUUCCAACAAGAGGGAUUUGCUGCUUUACCAGUGAAUAUAUUUAUUAAAUAUUGUUAAAGCUUGCUGUCUUUGUCAUUUGCAUUAAAAACAUUUUUAAAAUAUUAGUUUCAACUUAAAUAAUUGUAACCUAUAUAAAAAGUUUUUUUUAUUUUUUUUUCAGACAGUGACAAGAUGCCAGAUUCUGCUUGAGGUACUCACAGUGCUACCAGAAGAGGUUAGCAACUUAUCUGCUCUUAACAAUAAUUUGUGGUAAACAAACCUCCAUUAGAAAGGUCUCCCAAAUUUAGUUGCCACAUGUUUUAGUAUUGUUUUACUCGAAAUGCAUCCUGGGUCAUGCUUAAUGGUGUUUGUUAGUUCUGACUGAAUUUUAACAGAGUCAUUAUUGCUGACAAGUUGCCAGGAUGGAAAGAGAAACUUCAAAUAGCCGACCCUGGUUGUAGCCAUGCUCAUGUUGCAACAUAUUCCAAUUGUUUUAUUCAUUUAUUUCUUGUUUUAUGGAAAUAGUGGAAGAGGCAUUCUUAGUGCUUUGAUGUGAUGACAGUCAAUCUAAUGUGCAUGUUAUGUUUUAUUAUGGUCGUGUCAUAUUAUUAGUUAGGAAUUCAAUUAUUUUGUUUUCUUUGAGUGUGCUGCAUUCUUUUAUUACUUACUCAUAUCAUAUAUCUUUUUUAAAAUUGAUAUUUUCUUACAUGUUGUUAUUUUAAUAUAAAAUUAAGUAACUGAGCUAGGCCAAAAAAAACAAAGAAAGAAAGUCAUACUGGGCAUGAAAUGAACAAAAAUAUUGCAAUAGAAUAAAACAUUAUCUGAAUUAUGUAGAUUUAUUGGAAAAUAAAUAAAACUGCAAUGUAGCCUACAUUUACUGCAUUUGCCUACCUGAAUCUUUGCAGUAUAUAUACUACUUGCACCAAACAAGACACACAUUUUCACAUAAGAGCCUCUUAAUAGCUGGAAAUGGGAAAAUUUAGGCUUCCUCUUUUAUGUAUUUAGACCUCACCGUCAUUCACUAUUUUAGACCUGCUAAUAACUAGAGUGUAAGCUUGACAUAUUGACUACUGCUCAUGAACACAUUUAACCUCUGGCUGCUCUCAUCUAUUUUUGGUCAUUUUAUAGCAUUUUUUAGCCUUAGCUAGGUAUCUAUGUUUAUUAUUUUGUUCACAUAAUACCCACACUGAUUGUUGUGAUCUGAUCAGUCUAUCAAAGUUAUAUUGAUGCAGCCCUGGCUCAAAAGUGUUCAUAAAAGUCUUUCAAUAUUUUUUUUUCCUAUUGUAUUGCUUUUCCCCAUCCCCUUUUUUCUCCUUUUAGUUUUUCAGCACCAAUCUUCCUCAGCUAAGGAGGACUAUUUUGAGGCAAGAACUAACCAAGGGGCUUGACCAUGGUAAUUUUACAUUAUGUCUUGUCUCGGUGGCGAUGUACUUAAAUGAAAUCACUAAUGUCUUGAACUAAACAAAAAUGUUACCAGACACCUUAGUUUAGCUUAAGUUGAAGAAAGGUGGAGACAAUUAGCAAUUCCAAAUAAUUAAUUAGGUUGGUUUUUUAAAGGUUCAAAACCUUAAGGAAAAUAAUUAAAUUUUAAAAAAAAUAAUGUUUUUUUCCAAUAUUGUAUUUCCCAAUUGGAGAAAUUAAAAAGAAAAGAACCAUUUGACAAUCCAGUUUUGGGUAUUAUUUAAAAUGUCGUCUUGUAGCAAUAAUUCACUGUAGAUGGUUGCCCUUACAAUAACAUCUUGGAUUGGUUUUUAAAUUUAUUUUUGUCCUUCCUUUUUUUGACUCUAGAUGGUUUUUAUAGAAUUUAUUACAAAGAAUUUGUGCUGUAUUAAAAUGUAUUGUGGCAUAGAAAUGUACAACUAACUUCACUCAGGGCAGCAUCAGUAUUAGAAAAACACACUUUGAAGGUUUGGUAAACUUUAUGUAAACAUGCUAUGUUUGUAAUAGAUUGGUUAUAAUCACUUGUAGAUUUUUUAACACAUUUAUUGCUUCAAAUGAUUAUUUUAUUUGAAAUUAAGAUAGCACAUGUACAUGUUUGUUAAGAUGAUGAGCACUGCUGUAAUAGACCUAACUAAGGCAAAAUGUUCCUGGCAUUAUUGCAUGAUGACUGUACAUUUUAUAACUAUUGUCUGGGUCACUUUACCUCCUUUUUACUUUAUUUCCCUUUGCUAAAGAUAAUAGAUUCUCUUUAAGAAGUUAUUAUCUAAUUGUGUAACAAUUGUUUCAUUAAGGUGUCAAAAAAUUAUAGUUACUUAAUUUCCUCCAUGUUGCUUUUUUUUAGCUUGGAGUAAAAUUAAAAGAGACAUUAAUCCUUAUUUUUCUUUAGUAAUUCCACUUCUGCAGUCACUGCUGACAGAUGAAAGCCCACUAGAGGUUUACCAGAGCUCUCUAAAGGCAUUCUCAAGAUGGGUUGACUUUGGUCUUGCAAUGGAUAGAGCAGAGCCCAUUGUCCAUCAAGUUCGUAUUUAACUGUAUUCGCAAGCAAAAAAUCAUAUUUUGAAGUUAUUGAUCUUAAAUUAAAACAAAUUUUUGUUUAAAGAUAUAAAUAAUAAGGGAUAGUUAUGGAUUGUCCAAAUAUGUGUGUUGUAAUUUUUAAUACAUGUUAUUUUUAAUACCUACUAUUCAUCAGGUUUUCCGAUCCUUGCGCAAUCCACAUUUAUUUGAUAUAGCAUGUGACACAUUGGUCAGUGUUUUUGCACAUCCAGAGUCGUACAAGUAAGUAGUGUUGUACAUUCUUACAUUGAGUUUUGUUUACAUUUUUUUUAGUUUCAGAUUUUUUAGGUUACACGUUAAAUAAAAUUUGAUAUCCAUGUUCUCAUUUCCAACAUAUCAUAUUUGCUUGCAGAUAUCCAGUUACAAUCCAAAGACUUUUAUCAGAAGUAUUGGCCCUCCAUGAAUUGCUUUCACAUGCUGUGCAAGAUGAAGACAAGGUACUGUGCUUUAUUAUUCUCCCAUAUAUUUUAGUUCGUCACAGUUACAAAAGAGGAAUAACUAUUUAAAUAAUAAUAUAGUUCAAUGAUUUAGUUCAAUUCUUUGGAGUGUACUGCCUUCAAGCAGGUUUCUGUAUUUAAAUAUAAAUAGACAUUGCAAUAUAUCUCAGAGUUCUAAUCCCAAGUUAGAGUAUGUUGCUUAUAAGUUGCUCAGACAAACCAAAGUGGCUCAGAAUAGUCCUAAAGCAGUAUGCCUUUUUUUUUAAAGACUUUCUUUCUAAUCGCAUUUGUAUUGCCCUCUUGACCAGUGUAAUUUUUUUGUUUACACAUGAGACUAAGCAAGCGAGCUUGGUUCAUUUCAUCAUAUGUUUGAUGUUAACCUGAAAGGACGCAUCUGAGUUGUGUCAACAUCGCGUUUGUUUUGGGGGGGGGGGUGUUAGGUCAUAUGACUACUAUAGGAUCUUUGAGAUUUAAAAAAAAAAAUUAAUUAAUAAUUCUUUUGUUGAUAAUAUAAAAAUUUUAAUACUGAAGUUGCAAAUACAAAUUAAAUUUUAAAAAACUUUCUAACAAAGAUGAGUUAAAACGCACUAUAGUAGAUAAUUUACAAUUUAUUAAAAUGCAUUAAGGAAAGAAAGUCUGUGGAGAAAAUUUUUUCCAAAAUUAAUAAAAACAAAAAAUAUGUACGUUGCAACUACAUUCAAUUCGAAUCCUUUGGCUACAUAGAGUGCACAACUACACUUCUUAAAGUCUUUUUAAAAAGGUAAUUUUAAUUUUUUAAAUUUAAAACCCCUAAAUGUUUUUUUUAUGGGGAAAUUAUUUUAUCUUUACUUAACCAUUCUGACAACAGAGGUAUUUUCAAAUGUUGCAUGUUUUCCCACUUGUUAGAUAAGAAGGAUAUAUUUGCUGAUCUAUUUAAUUAUUCUUCUUGACAUUUUAAAUCCUGUUAAUUAUGUUGCACAGAUUAAUUGGUAUAUUAAUUAUAGAUAGUUUUUAAAUACAGAGAAAGGAUUUAUUGCAUUCAUAAUGCCUUCCUUACAAAGAGACUUCCCUAUUUCAGCCUUAAGUCUUUUGUUGGAGCCUCAUAUCCAGUUAUGCAAGCUGAGCUAUUUAUUUAACAUAAUAUUUUCAUUAUUUUUAAAUCAUUAAUGUCGCUUUUGUUUAUGGGUGGCUUGAAAAAUCUUUGGACGGCUAAUUGACCAACUUCCCAUCAACUCAUCCAGCCGAAACUUCGCACAUAGACUCAUUGCAGACCGCUAAAAUCAGUUUUUCCUGUUUUUCAAGGGGAACAUGAAAGAAAUGUAAUUUUGUGCGCUAAUGAGAUUCCUAUUCAAAAAAUAUUGCAAGUGCGUUUGGUUCGUAAUAUUUUUUAUAUUUUUUCUCUGAAAUUUUUGUUGAAACGAAUCUGCUGUGUAAAAGCGGAUGGUUAAUUUGAAUAUCAAUAUAUUUCAGGGGGGGUGAAAAAAAUUGGGGGGGGGGGGGGGGGGGGGGGGGCGCGACACGAAUUGUGAUUCUUAUAAAGUGCGUUACUUGAAUGCGUGUUUUGUCAAAUUCUCAGAGGCCCCCCACCAUUGCUCAAUAUUACAUUUUAUGAAGGAUUUAUACAAAAAACUUUGUUGUUUGGGGUUGUUUUAUUAUAUCAUAAAAUUAAUAAGAUAACUGUAUUAGAUUACUUGUAGUUUUAGUUGGAAUGCACAAUUUAUAAAAGAAUACAUACAUGGUUAAAUCUUUUUUAAUCAACAGCAAAUUAAUGUAUAUGAGUCAAUACAAAAACUCAGAUAAAGUGGGUAAUUUUUUUUUAUCCGUGCAACCCAACUAUUGAGACAAAAACUCAAUAUUUUUUAUAUGAACAGAUUUUAGGCUGUAAUGAUAAUUAUAAAUUUGUAAAGUCCAGGGAGUUGAGGAUUGUCAGACCAGAGAAUGUGACCCAGGGCUUCCACUUGACAAGAGUCAAAUAAAAAUUUCAUGUUUGGAAUAUCUAUGAAUGAAUCAAUGUGUUUUUUUCUACACUAGGAAACGUGUGAAGGAAUUUGUCGUGUGCUUGUAUCUCUGUCAGAGAAUCACACAAAGCUUAUAGUGGAGUCUGUAUUGGGACCUGAAGAGGUGAAACAGAAUACAACGUCUUUACUACAGAUGAUAUUAGUAAGUAAAUGUGUGGGAAAUCUAUUUUCAUAGUCAAUUUUUUGGUAGUCCUAUUGAAGUUAAAAUUAAUUAUGUUCAUAACAAAUUAUUUGAAAGUUAUUUUUUCUUAUUUUGAAUCUAAAAAUAAUUUGCACAAGUCUCCAUUUUUUACUGGGGAUAUAUGGAUAAUUAUGUUUUUAACCCCCUUCAGUGUGGCAUCCAUAAAGCUCCACCUUCAUUGUGACACCCAGAGCACAUGCCCCACUUGUCUCUUCCUCAUACAAUCACUGUCAGCAAUCCAGGACCCAUGUUUCAUCAGACAUUUAUCUAAUUGAAUUGUUAUUAAUUUCACAGGCCUGCUCAGGUUUACCAGGUCAUUUUCCAGUGGAUGAAAGCUGUAGUGACCAAACCUUUACAUUUUGGUAUUUAUUACAGGUAUACGUUUAACUGUGCUUUUGUAUUAGUGGUAAAAAUACUAACAACUAUUAUAAUUCUCCACUUUGAAACAUACACCUUUGCAAUCGUACAUUGAUAUUGGUAUUAACUUUUAAUUAUUUGUUAUUUUAUUUUAAGAAUCUGUUAUUUUUAAACAACAUUGAGUGAACUGUUUUAGGUCAUAUUUAAUUUGAAUUCUUCCCUGCAGGAUGAGCUGAGUAUGAUAUCUGAGGAAGACUUUACGCCCUUGAUGGAAGUUUUCAAGCCCAUUUUUUUCUGCUUGAUUGAUGUUUUAUUAAUAAAGGCACGGCACCCUCCUGAUGCUGAAUAUAUGUCUUGGAGUUUAGGUAAAUCAAUGAGUUGGUCAGAUUAUUAGAUGAAAUAUUAUAUAAUUUUUAAGAUGUCUAAGAGGAGUGAGUGGCUUUAGUUGUUAAAAUAAAAACUUUUGGUUAUGACCAGUUUGUUGGUAUAAAAUAAACUGAAUUAGGAAUAAUUGAAAAGCAUUAGUUAGGUCUGAGUGGAUGGACAUAGUGAGGCAGGCCAAAGCCCUACAUGUUUGGUCUGAGUGGAUGGACAUAGUGAGGCAGGCCAAAGUCCUACAUGUUUGGUCUGAGUGGAUGGACAUAGUGAGGCAGGCCAAAGCCCUACAUUGGAUGUAGCAGCACAGGGAUGGACUGAUGGAAUAAUUGUUGUAAGUUCAUAAAAUGUUGAAAUGUAUCCUUAUCCUGAGAUCGAUCAUCUGCUAUACAAUGAAACUUAAUAAUUUUAUUUUUUAAAUCCAAUCCCAGAGGAAAAAGAACAAUUUAGAUGCUACAGACAGGAUAUUGGUGACACACUGGUGAGUUAAUUGCAGCUAUUAUACAACUGGGUCUUAAAUGUCAAUAUAUAAAUUGAACCAAUGCACGCUAGUAAAAUCUGUUCAUGUAAACUAUUAAAAAUUUCUAACAAGCAAGCAUUCAUUUCAAUCUUCAGAUGUAUUCAUACAGUAUACUUGGUGUCGAACUGCUGGCCCAGCUAGUUAAUUGUCUGGUUUCUCUGGUGGAAAAAUACAAACAGGGCAGUCAGGAAUGGCAGGUUUGUAUUUCUUUUUUUUUCAAGUAAUAAUUCUGUUUUGUAACUCCUGCAACAAAAGUGCUAAUAAUUUGUACGUUUAUAUCUGUAAACAACCAUAUUUAUCAUUCAUCAAGUGAUACAAAUAACUCUUUAUUCCACAUUAGAAUAACAAUCAUAUUAAAUAACUGAUCCUGUUUAAAUUUACAUCUUCAGAAUGUGGAGGCCAUUCUCUUUGUAUUUUCAUCCAUCUCAGAAAGUGUUCAAACUGAUGAAAAGCUUCACAUCCCAAAAUUAUUUAUGCAACUUCGGGAAAUUCCAUUUGCUAAUUCCCAACAGAUAUCAACAGCACUUAACAUGAUUGGUUAGUAUAUUUUCAUACAUCUUGGAAUAGGUGUAGCAGCAGGCCUGCUUUUUGGCAUCCGUCUGGCACAGAUGACUUUUUAGAAAUUCACAUUCUAAUUAAGACAAGAUAGUAAAGAAAAGAUUAGAUUCUUUUAUUGAUUUAAAUAAAUGGAAAGGUGUUUUUGAUCACAUUAUAUAAAGUCACUUUCAGCAUAUGGAUAAAAACUUUCUGAUUAACUCUUUACAUUCCUUACAUUUUUUUUUUUUACAUUUCAAGUAACCUUACAAAAGAGUUAAAUAAUUUAAGAAUUUAUGACUAAAAUGCAUGAUGUUAUAAAUAAAUUUGUAGGGAAGUGCUUAUGAGGCUUAUAGAAAUGCUGGUUUCCAAAACUUGUGGGUGUGAGGAAAAUAAUGCAAAUUUGUUUAAUGAAAAUGUGUAAUAAAUUUUUUUGGUGAUCAGAGGGGAAAAAACAUCUUUUUAUUCAGAAAGCAAAAGUCAUUUCUGUAAUUCAUGUCAAGAAAUCAGAACAAGUACAAGCAUUUUAUCAAAAUAAAAAAAUUUAAUAAAAUGUGUCAAAAAAGGGAAAUAAUAAAAAUAAUAAAAUAUUCACAAGAAUUAAAGGUUAUGAUUAUUUUACCUGUUUAAAAUUAUUAAUAUACAACAAAAAUAAUCAGUAGACAAUUAAUACUUUAUGUUACUCUAUUAGAUAGUUUCUUGUUUUUUUUAACAAAGGUAAGUGUCACUUGUGCUACUUUAGAUUCUGGAUAUAUUUUAGCACACUUGUCAAUUUUAUUUUAAAUCUUUUCUUUCAGAAAUUAUUGGCUGGGUUCUAUUGUAUUUUGUGUUAUUUACAAUUGAUGCACUGGUAACAACAGUUGUAGUAAUUCACCUAAUGCUCUAAUAAGUUCUUCUGUGAAAUAAUUUUGGUGUUAAUGAUUAGGUAGCUUUAGUUUGUCUAUGUAAGGAUUUUCUUCUUAACUAUCCUGAAGGAUAUAGCUGGCAAUGUCACCAAAAUGGAAAAAAAAAGGGUUUAUCCAGUGCUGUCUUGGUUUCUUUAGGGUUAAUAUAUCUAUUUAUAAACAGUUAAACACCACACAUGAGUGAAAUGUAUGGACCAGGAGAGGUAUCAACACUCAAACAAAACUGAAGGUAUAUCAGGUGGCUGUUCUCCCUACGCUUCUCUAUGCCUGUGAAACGUGGACGGUCUACCAACGCCAUGCAAGAAUGCUGAACCACUUUCAUACAACAAGACUCAGAAAAAUCCUCAACAUUAAAUGGCAGGACAGGGUCCCAGACACUGAGGUGCCCAUGUGGGCAGGUCUCCCCAGCAUCUUCACAAUAUUGAUGAAGUCCCAGCUUUGCUAGGCGGGACAUGUGAGAAUGUCAGAUGACCGUCUUCCCAAAAGAAUUUUCUAUGGUAAGCUUGAACAAGGAGAGCGGUCUGCUUGCGGACAGAAAAAAACGCUUUAAAGACAACAUAAAAGCCUCUCUGAAAGCGUCCGACAUAAACCCAGACAUGUGGGAGGAACAGGCAAAGGAUCGAACUUUAUGGCGUUCUACUUUGCAUGGGAGCUCCAUACAACAUGAAGUUGGCAGAACAGCGGCUGCAGAGCGAAAGAGACAUGCAAGGAAGGCCCGGUCUGUCUCUGCUUCCGGAGAUGCGCCAUCAUUCCCCUGCACCUACUGGACAAGAGAAUUUCGUGCCAGAAUCGGCCUCAUUAGCCAUCUGCGCACCCACAGACAGAACAGCACAAACUCUGAUUAAAGUGGUCAUGAUCGACUUCCGACUCAUGAACAACAACAAAAAAUUGCACCAUCAGUUUUGGUUCUAUUCACAAUAUAAAUCCAUUUGCUUUUAUGUCAUUUGAAAUAAGAGAGACUGUUCUAUUAUCUCUACACUGAAAACAGUUAAAAUUUCUUUAUCUCAUAUCCAGCACUUCACCUUGCUUUGUUGUUUUUUUUUUUAAAUUUUCUCCUUAUAAAAAUCAGACAACAAAUUCACUUUGCCAAAUUCACUUUGCGUAGUUCGUUCUUAUUUACUGUUUCAAUAUUAGAAACUUUGAAGAAUGUCAUAUGUUAAAUAAAUCUGUGGACAAGAGGAAUUGGCCAAAAAUCCAUGGUAGGGUGUUGAAGUUGACCAGUAUUUUUAUACACUGGGGACCUGUACAGCUGCCAUGUACAAUUGAGGUCCAGGAAAUUUGUAAAAUUCAUAUGUUGAAAUAUCAACCAAACUCUGAUGAUCGACUGUUUAGAAGGUUCCAUGGUAGAUGAAUAUCUGUUGUAUUUUACAAAUGUUUCAAAUCUAGUGUCAAAAAUAUCUCGAAAAUACUUCAGGAAGAAUAAACUGCCUCACUGUAUCCCUUGUUGAAAUUUCUUACCUCAGAUGUAAGCCUGACUUUUUGACUGGGUGAAAUUAAGGAGUGGGAACUGGUGGGUCAUCAUAUUGUACAUCAUAUGAGUUUAAUUUUUGAAAGUAAACGAACAACUGAUAUUAUAUUUGGUAUUUUGAGGGAUGAAAUGAACAAAAAGUAUAUUGGCCUAUGCCAACUAAUACGUGACUACACUUGUAUUUCCAGUUUUUAUAGCUCCCAUUAUUGUAAAUACCAUUAUAACUUUAAAAAACUUAUUAUUGAAUAUUUUUAUUUUCAACACACAUUGAUGACAAAUUUCAUAUUCUUUAGGAUGAAUAUAUCAGCAUAAGUAGCACCAAAUGCAAUAUUUACGUUCCUUAGCAAUAGUCACUAAGAAUUACGACUUCACUAUUAUCUAAUGUAAUAAAAUAUUCACACAUUAUAAAGUAAUGCAAUUUUAGAAAUUUCAAUUUAAAAAUCUGAAAUAUUUUUAAAUGCUUAAAAACAAAAGUUAUACAGAUACAUUUAUACAAAUAAUAAGAAAACUCAUAAAAGCAUAGAAUGAUGCAACACUUGACAAAAAAAUGAAAUUCCAGUAUUUAACUAUUGCAUUGGCUGUGAUGGACAAUUUUCUUAAAAAUAGAAAUCAUUAUCACUUGAUUCAGGCUCUCAAUUAUCUUCUUCCUCAGAAGAUUCAGAUAGAAAUUUGUUGAAAUUUUCGCCAUUAAUAUUCAUUUUCAUAGUGAUUGCACUGCUAAGUCAAUGUGAGUCUAUUUAAGAUAGCAACUCUGACUGAGUUAUGUCACAUGUUUCUUGAACUCGCAAAACAAAUAAAAAUUAUUAAAAUCUUUUAAUUGUUAAUUAUUUUUUUAUUUUUCUUCCAACUGUAAACUUUAAAAAAAAAUAAUUACUUGAAAAAAUAAAAAAUUUUGUCAGUGAAAAAAACCUGCGUAUAUAAAAUUAGUUCAUCCAGCUAACAAUUUUUUAAACUUGAACAAUUUAAAUGUAAGACAUAAAUAAAUGUUUUUCUUAAGUGCAAAAAUCAGCCAUCAAUCACAUAUCAUAAAAGCCUCAAUUCCUGAAUGGCAAUAUUCACUUCAAGAGUGAUUAUUUUAUUUUUAACAGGGGAUAAGCUUCUUUCUGACAGAUUGAACAAUGAAUUUCUAUAUCUUUCAGUCCUUACUUUGAGGCAAAGAAUUUGCCUCGAUCGAGCUUAAGUAACUCAUGAAGUUGGUGGGGUAUUGCCUCCAAAUUUUUUUUAAUUUUACAAAUGCAUUUUCCUUCAAAUCCAUUAUUAUAAUAAAAGAAAUAGUGUGAGUGAAAAAAUGUGUAUGUUGUAAUUUAUGCUUUUCUUGUUUAGGUUCAUUUGCUGAGUGGAUGCAAUGGCACCCUGAGACCCUGGGCUGUGUCUUGCCCCUUGUGCUCCAAGGAAUUAGCAAUCCAGAUGUAGGGACAGCAGCAACAAUAGCCUUAAAGGACAUCACCAGAGAAAAUUUGUCCAAUAUUCAACCUUUUGCACAUCAGAUUUUGAUGGCUUGUCAGGUUUGUAAGCAUGUUUUGUUACAAAAUUAUCUUAAACUUAAUUUGAUAAUGGGAAAUAUUAUGAUCACUUAUUUUAUCCAGAGUCGUUGCUUGACCUUUGGAGUCAACCUGCUACUUUUGUUUCCCUCAAUAUUCAAAGUUGAUAUUUUAAAUUUUUUCCACAUCACAACUUUGGGCCCCUUAAAAAUCUGAAGCCCACAAGGAUGACUCUGAUUUUAAACAUUUGAUUUGAUAAUAUAAGAAAAGUAUUGUUAAAGAAUACAUUUACUUGACAAGUUUUAUCUUUUUUUUUUUUUUCAGAGUUGUUUUGAGGCUAAUGUUUUGAAGGUGAGACCAUUUUAUUUGCUAUAAGAUUUUGUUAAAAUGUUCCAAUUUUUUGGGGUCAUAUUUGCAUGAUAAACUAGCACCAAGACUUUCUUUUGUAACAUCUGAAUUAAAAGUCUGUCUUGCAAAUGAAAUUUUCUUUUUUUUCUUUCAGUCUAGAGACUUGCUUCGACUUAUGUCCAGUGUGGGUCAUAUACUGUCUGUGAUGUCCUCCCAUGAAAUAAUGCAGUAUUUAGACAAAAUGAUUACCCCGCAUGUAGAGCACCUUGUUGCCCUUGCAGAAACCCAGGUUUGUGGUACUUAUUUGACAACAGAUUUUUUUUUUCCAACUACUUUGCUUCUUUACAUUAUUUUUUAUCAUUGAACAUUGUUUAACUUGAUUAUCAAAUAGUCAUAUAUAGGCUGUUCACCUAUUGACCAACUGAUCAUUUAUGUCAUUAGUUAACAUAGUAAUAAUAAUAAUCAGUAUAUAUGAUAUGUAUUUAAAAAAGCACAUCAUAAUCAUAUUCCUAAAACUAGUGAAAAAUUAGUUGUACAAUAAAUGGUUUAAUUAUUUCUAGCUAAUGCUGUGAACCAUGAGAUGAAUUUUUUUCCCUACUCUUUCCUGCAGCCAUGUCCCUCCAAUAGGUCAGAUGUUCAUACAACUGUUAGUAUUUUUGCAUGGCUCUUUGGUUCUCUCGACACUGAACUGGAGGGUGGUGAUGAAGAACACCAACAUCAGCAACAAGCAAAACAACAGCAGGAUCCAUCAGAGCCCAAACCUGUAAGUGUUUUAUGGGUAAAAUUAAAUUGGCCGACCAGUCCUAUAUUUUCAUGGAAAGACUUGAAUGUAAAUCUGAACUUUCUAAGAAAAAAUAUAUUUUAAGUGGCGUGCAUAUUGAUCACACCUUAACACUAUAACAUAGAAAUUUAUCCUUUUUUUCAGAUAUUUGUGGUACUUGAAAAGAUUUCUCCAUCAAUUCAAAAAAUUGCAUAUGCUUGGACAUUUGAUACUGGUAUAAUAGAGGUGAGUAUUUUGACAAAAUGUUGCAGAUUGGUUCAUUAGUUGUGCUUAUGUUAAGAAAUUUUCCAAUUCAUUAACUACGUGUGAGCAAUAAAAGUGCCAUCACUGAAAAAAAUGUCUUGCAGUUCAUGUAGAAACUAUUACAGUACAUAUGUAUCUAUAUAUAGAACACCUGUUUUGCUGAUCAGAUGUUGAGUAAUGUAACACCCAUCUAAGUUUGGAAGUUAAUUUUCAUCCAACAGCUCAUGUCAUUUCUUCUAUUGAUAAAAUGUUAUCAUUGCAGGCUGUUUGUGAUCUCUACAAAAAAGCCCUACAAAAAUUAGACAACGAUUUUGCUCCCAUCUCAGGGGAUCUCACUGAGCUGGCCAUUAACUUAUAUCAAAGAUGUCCAAGCACGGCCAUUAUUGAUCUAUGCAAACAAGUAAACAUUUAAACUAUACAACACCUCAUCUGAAAGCAUUAUUUAGUUAAUCUAUUUAUAUUAAUCUGGGUGAAUUAUAGUACAGGUUUGUCUAACCUGAUUUGUUACUUAACCCAAUUGUGAGAAGGGACAAGACAUUUUGUAUUCAAACUAUGAGUAUGAGACCAAUAAAUUGUAUCUCUGUUAAUGGAAUUGAAUUAACUUGCCACCUUGCUCAUUUAUACUUUUGUAUGAAGUACCAUAACUUUAGCAAAUAUUGUCCAUUUAUUUUUCAGAUGCUCUUGAUAUUUGGCUUGCAAGAAAAUUUUAUUCCUUUUUCUAAAGUCAUUGUUGACAAUGUCUGCACUCGGUCUUUACAGAUGUUCAGUGCAGGUAAUCAUAUUAAAAUACCAGAUUAGAGUUUAUUGAUAUUAUUGAAACUAUUUCAUGUGGUUACCUGGAUGUCAUUUAAAAAUUACAUUUUAAAUCUUAUUUGUUUACAGGCAUGCGUAAUUUCACAGAUGUGAUAGAAGGUUUUAUGUGUUUCCUUGCCCAGGUAUGUUCUUUUAACCACACCUGUUUUCACUGCAUGUAGGAAUCUUGAGUUUAAACAUACUUUAACCUGUUUCUUUGUUCAUUGGUGAAACUAUUGGAUAAGAAACCCAAUAACAUAAUUAAAUUGUUUCAAUGCUCAUGAAUUUUUUUAAUGCAUUUUCUUUUGAACUUGUAAAAUCUUUUAUUCCAUAGGUGAUGAAGAAGUUGAAAAAGAUCAUUCUAGAAUGCAACUGUGACCUAACAGCAAUUUUUCAUGCAGGUUUGUGGGAAUAAUUCAUUAUUAACAGAUUUUUAUUAUUGUUUUAAUAAACUUACCUAUUGUUAAUUUGUUCUUUUUAAGGUUUAAGAGACAAAAGUUUGCACCAUUUAAAAGUCUCUUGUGCGCUUUUAAUAGAUGUAGCUAUGACUUGAAUUUCCAUUACUUCUUAUCUCCAGCUGUCUUAAGUAUGACAUUGCCCGAACACGCAACAGUCAAAGCAUCAUGCAGUUUUAUUGUAAGUUCUGUGUGUUCCUUACUUGGAGAUUUAAGUUUUUUUAACUUUCAUCCAAAAUACAUUUUAAAUGUUUAUAUUUUUAAAAUAAAAAUCUCGCUCAUACAAAAAACAAAAUAGGUGUAAUUUUUUUUAGUUAAUCAUUCAAAAUUGUCUAUAAAUUUGGUUAAAAAGGGAAAUUGCAAAAAAUAUUAAUAAAUAUGAUAAUUAUUUAUUAAAUAAUUAGAACAGACAUACUGCUGGCAUUUUUUUUUUUUUUAAAGAAGUCUUAAUAGUUUAAGGAAGUGAUCAGUGUGGUAAAUUUCAAUAAUUCUGGGUGUCUACGAAGCUGGGUAUAAUUUGUCAGUGAUAGUCUUUUAGUGUUAAAAGGUUUAAACUUCAAAUUGUAUUUACGUUUCAUUUUUUAUUACAGAUCGAAUUCCUAAAUGCUGGGGCAGAGAAUGAUGUUUUUAAGAAUAUAGUCAUCACUCAUGGACACAUUUUGAUAGACAGAAUUAUGAGAGUGAGCACUAUUUUAUUUUUGUCUCAAUGACUUAUUAAAAAACUAUUUUGGCAGAUUUUACUCUCACUGUGUAGUUGUAACUUAUCUUUGUACUCGUGAAGACAGGCGUUAAAGUAAUGUACACUUACUGGAAAUAACAAGAUUUUAGCCGCAGAUUUUGUUAGUAAGUCCCCCCUAAAAUAAUAGAGAGUUAUAAUUUCUAUCUUUAAUGUUUUGUACCUAGGCUAUAGGGGGUGAAUCUCAGAGGGGCAUCAUUGACUAUAUCGCUGAUGUCAUCAUGGCACUGAACAAACAUUUUGUCAGCCAGCUGGCUUUGUGGCUAAAAUCUAUUGUAGAAAAUGAAGGCUAUCCCUCCCCAAGGGCUUCUAAGCAAGACAAAGAAAAUUUCAUCAAAAACCUGUUGAGGUCAGUAUUUAUUUUUUAAAAAAAAACAAUUGUAAAAAAAGAAUUCCAUAGAUAUACAUUUAUAUCUAUUUUAUUGAAUCAAUAUUCUUUAAUAAUAAUGUUUGAAGCCCUUUUCUGUGUAUAGUACAACAGUAAAGGGGUGGUCAGAUAUGUGAUCUUUGGAAUACCUUAUAAAAAUUAUGCAGCUAAGAAACCCUCACAUUGCUUCAUAAAUUAAAUGGUUUUGUCUUAACGAUAACAAGCAAAAUUCACAAUCAAAUUGGUAAUUUAACAUGUCAUUGCUGCAGUCCCUCUGCCACAUGACCUUUCAACUUUACCAAUCUACACAUUUUGGCUGACACAAAGCUACUAUUUUAUUAUCUAAAAUGUAAACAUGACGAUGAAUAAAAGGGUUAUGAUAUGAGUGUUUCAAGGUCUUUCAAAGGAUAUUGGCUAUUAAAUUCAUGUUACAUCAUGCUGAUUCAAAUAUAUUUUUUUAUCUCCAGAGAUCGAAUGAACAAACGCAAAACUAGGGAUGUUGUAAAAGAAUUCACACUGCUGUGCAGGGGACUGUUGGGAACUGAGUACGCUGAGGCUGCUGCAGCCUUUUUGUGAUACAAGGCCUUCGCUGGAACAUGGUGUGAAUGAGAGAAAAUGAAGGAGGGG